AUGGGUUUGCACGGACCUCCAGGCUUUACCUACCCAGAGGAUUACAGGAAGUCUUUCACUCAUGUCCCCUGAUCUGUGUGCAGUGACAGCUGUGGCCCUGGAUACAGGAAGACAACUAAGGAGGGAGAACAUGUCUGCUGCUUCAGCUGUUCCCAGUGCACAGAGGGGGAGAUUUCCAAUCAAAUUGCCAUGGUUCUCUGUGUGUUUGUGAAGUUUAGAGACACUCCCAUAGUCAAGGCCAACAACCGGACUCUCAGCUAUACUCUCCUCAUAUCCCUCACCUUCUGUUUCCUCUGCUCAUUGCUCUUCAUUGGCCGUCCCACUGCAGUCACCUGCCUCCUCAGACAAACAACUUUUGGAGUUGUCUUCACUGUGGCUGUGUCCUCUAUUUUGGCAAAAACCAUUAUGGUGGUUCUGGCCUUCAGGGCUGCAAGUCCAGGGAGUCAAAUCAGGAUGUGGGUACAAUCUAGGGUGUCCAACUCUGUUGUCCUUAUGUGCUCUAGCAUUCAAGUGAUUCUCUGUGGCAUCUGGCUGGGAACUUCUCCCCCCUUCCCAGACAUGGACCCACACUCUGAACCUCAUCACAUCAUCAUUCAAUGUAAUGAGGGCUCUCAUGUUGCCUUCUACUGUGUCCUGGGCUACAUGGGUUUCCUAGCCCUGGGGAGCUUUACUGUGGCUUUCCUGGCCAGAAAUCUACCAGACACCUUCAAUGAAGCCAAGUUCAUCACAUUCAGUAUGUUAGUGUUCUGCAGUGUGUGGGUCUCCUUCCUCCCCACAUAUCAGAGCACCAAGGGCAAGGCUAUGGUGAUUGUAGAAAUAUUUUCCAUCUUGGCCUCCAGUGCUGGAGUACUGAGCUGCAUUUUUAUUCCCAAGUGUUAUGUGAUCCUGAUGAGGCCAGAAAGGAACACCCAAGAAGGGAUAAAGAAAAAAGUUGGUUCCAAGCACUGA